CCCACCCACUCCAGCCCUGCACCAAUGGGGAGCGGGGCCGCGCGCGCGGGUCAGUGGGAACGGCGCGGAGUCGGUGUGUACGUCGGUUGCCGUAACAACGGGCGGCGGAGUCCGUCAGCGAUGGCCUCUAACUUUAAGAAGGCGAACAUGGCAUCAACUUCCCAGCGAAAAAGGAUGAGUCCUAAGCCGGAGCUUACUGAAGAGCAGCAACAGGAAAUCCGGGAAGCUUUUGAUCUCUUCGACGCUGAUGGAACUGGGACUAUAGACGUUAAGGAACUUAAGGUGGCAAUGAGGGCACUAGGCUUUGAACCAAAGAAAGAAGAGAUCAAGAAAAUGAUCAGCGAAAUUGAUAAGGAAGGGACAGGAAAAAUGAACUUUAGUGACUUUUUGACAGUCAUGACUCAGAAAAUGUCGGAGAAAGAUACCAAAGAAGAAAUCUUGAAAGCUUUCAAGCUCUUUGAUGAUGAUGAAACUGGGACGAUAUCGUUCAAAAAUCUCAAACGCGUGGCCAAGGAGUUGGGUGAGAACCUCACUGAUGAGGAGCUGCAGGAAAUGAUUGAUGAAGCUGAUCGAGAUGGAGAUGGAGAAGUCAAUGAGCAAGAGUUCCUGCGCAUCAUGAAAAAGACCAGCCUUUAUUAAGAUCAGUCUCUUCUUUUCUACUGCAAGCAGACGUAUCUAGAUUUAGUGCCUGCUAUUGUGUGAAACCUGGUCUUUGAGAACACAAACUCUUUUUCCCCCACGCUGACCUCCCUGUAUAACUUUAGUUAAUAACCUUGAAUCUUAGACUCUUAAAAGUGUUCUUUGACAUUAAAGUUCUUUGUAAGGUGACCUGCUGCUUACUUUAAUUCCCCAAAGCAGAGCAAGAGCACGUUAGAGUGGAGAGAAGCUUUUACCAACCUGCCAUUCUGCCUUGUAUCGCUUCACUCUUGUCACGCGUUCCCACAUUUAUACCACCACAGAAUGACUUCUUAGACAAGCAAAUGUUGUACCCGGUGUUAUCACAAGCAAGGGGCAUCUCUUCAAUGGUUCUGGUUUUAAUUGUCACCUGAGCACAGCUUUCUCUUUUAUAAAACCCAGUGAGCUCUCUCACUUGCA